AUGCAGGAAAUAAUAAAACCAAAAGCGGUGUUAGGUAUACGUCACGUACAAUGUGUGAUGUUGUUCUUCGCCAUGCUCUUGGCCUUCGGCAUGAGGGUAAACAUGAGUAUGGCUAUCGUCGCCAUGACAGACUCUUCUGUGGAAAACGCAUUCGAUUGGAACAUGCAAAUGCAGAGCGUGAUAUUGUCUUCUUUCUUCUGGGGCUACAUGAUUCUUCAAGUGCCUGGCGGCCUCCUAGCUGACAAAAUCGGCGGCAGUCUCCUUAUCGGCAUUAGUAUUGGAUCCAACUCCAUCAUCUCACUGUUUCUGCCAACUGCUGCGGUUUACGGUGGCUGGUACGCAGUAUGCGCUUGUCGUGUGCUGCAAGGCUUAACGCAAGGAUUCGUCUAUCCAAGCACGCACAACCUUAUCGGAAAAUGGGUGCCUUUGGAUGAAAAGAGUAGGAUGGGCGCAUUUAUUUAUGCAGGGGCUCAACUGGGUACGGCAGUUAUGCUGAUGUCAGCCGGUUUCUUGGCCAACUAUUGGGGCUGGGCCUCUAUAUUCUACUUUGUUGGUAUAUCUGGACUCAUCUGGACCCUCGUUUAUAUCUUUAUCGGAGCUGGAGAACCUCUAAACUCGAAGUUGAUAAGUGAAGAAGAGAAGUUGUAUAUUCAGGCUUCUCUUGGUCAAGUUGGGGGCAAAAAGUCACUUCCCAUGCCAUGGAAGUCAUUGUUGACGUCCAUGCCCUUCAUCAGUGUGAUCAUCGUGCACUGUUGUCAAAACUGGGGAUUUUAUACACUAAUGACUGAGAUGCCGUCUUAUAUGAGCCAAGUUCUAGGAGCAAUAUCUACUUGUCGUCGCUGGUCCAGAUUAUUAGAUAUUAACGAGACGACGUUUAUUAAGUUAGAUGCUGUUGAGCGCCUCGGUAAAAAAGUAGUCAACGUCAAAGCGAAUGGCGUAUUGUCGGCCACUCCUUACAUCGUGAUGUACAUCCUCAGCUUUCCCGUUGGCUUCCUAUCUGAUUAUGCCCUCGGUAAGGGCUGGGUCAGUACUACUGCUGCCAGGAAGAUUAGCAAUAGCAUCGGUACUAUAGGCCCAGCAUUGGCUUUGAUUGGAUUAGCGUAUGUGCCAGCUGGUAACAUAACCCUAGCGGUCAGUGCACUAUCCGCCGUGGUGGGACUCAACGCAGCGCUGCUCACCGGCUUCAUGCUAGUUCAUCUGGACAUGGAUCCCAAUUUUGCAGGAACUAUGCUUGGCAUCUCAAAUGCUCUUGGUAAUAUCAUCUCCAUCAUUGCACCAUUAGCAGCUGGAGCUAUUAUAAAAGACGAGACUAAUCCAGGAGAAUGGCGCAAGGUAUUCUACCUGGCCUCAUUUAUUUAUAUAUUCGGAAACACUAUCUUCCUCAUUUUCGGAACCAGUGUACGACAGUUGUGGAACGACCCGGAGCAAGAUAUAAACGUCGAUAUUAUUACUGAUGCUGAAAAAAGAGAAAAAGUUAUAUGAAGUGUCCUGAAAGACUUAAAA